CUAGACUUGUACACUUCCCAUGAUUCACAUUAACAAAAUGAAGAGAUAAAGCUUUUGUUACAAUCUCCUUUUUUUUUAUGGCUCACUCAUCUUCACACCACAUAACUCCUAUAUAAAUCCCUAUGUUUCAUGAUAGAGAGACUGAGUUGAUACAUGACUAUGGAGAUAACAACGAACUUCUCUGUUUGGUUUAUUCUUAUGAUUUUCUUAGGAAUCUCUAUCAAUGAAGGUUUGUCUGAAGGACAACAACAUCUUAAAAAGAAGACACGUUCUUCUGCGGUUGUGGUCGGAACUGUCUACUGUGACACAUGUUUCAACAGCGCCUUUUCGAAAUCACCCAACCACUUGAUCCCAGGUGCUUUAGUUUCAGUGGAAUGUAUUGACGAGAACUCGAAACCGACUUUCAGACAAGAAGUGAAAACAGACGAACACGGCGAAUUCAAGGCAAAGCUACCGUUCUCUGUAAGCAAGCAUGUGAAGAAGAUCAAGAGAUGCUCAGUGACGUUGCUAAGCAGCUCGCAGCCUUACUGUUCCAUAGCUGCUUCCGCAACUUCUUCUUCUUCUCUCAGACGCCUUAAAAGACCUAGCAAACACGGAGAGAACACCCGUGUUUUCUCUGCAGGGUUCUUCACUCUCAAACCCGAGAACCAACCAGAGAUCUGUAGCCAGAAACCUAUCAAUCUCCGUGGAUCGAAACCUCUUUUACCGGAUCCUAGAUUCCCUCCACCGAUCCAAGAUCAGGUUCCAGAUAAUCCUAUUCCUAUUCUCCCAAUCCUUCCGGACUUGCCUCUACCUACGCUUCGUCCUCUUCUUCCAGGAUCACCGCAGAGAUCAGCUUCCUUGCGUAACAAGAAAUACGAUUCCUUGGAAGACAAGAAGACCCUCCUCCCCCCAAAUCCGCUAAACCCUCCAUCUAUCAUCCCUCCAAACCCGGUUACGCCUCUCCUCCCUCCAGUCCCGCUAGUUUCUUCUCCCCCAAGUCUUCCACCGCUAACGUUUCAACCACCUCCUUCCACGUUAGACCCUCCUACUCUUCAACCUGUUCCGGUCAUAACUCCACCUUCACCACCAUCACCACCUUCUUUCUCAGUUUCUCUCCCUCCCAUCUUCAUUGGAAUCCCUCCGGCUCCAUCUUCCUUUUCUAGUCACCAUCAACCCUAGUUCUACAUGGAAUCUAUAUGUAUCAUCUUUGUUAUUUUAUUCCCUCAGCAUUUUCACUUGUUGGUUUGUUGUAAUUUCAACAAAUAUUAUUACCAAGGACUUUUAUCUUAA